AUGAGCUCCGGAGGGGACGAGAAGCAGCGAGGAGCGGAGCCCGGGGCCAAACCCCUCACCCGCUUCACUAUCGAGGACAUCCUGAGCCGCCCCGGGCCCCGGCAACUGCCCCCGGCCGCAGGGGGCGCCACCUCCCCGCUGUGUGCCCUGGAGGAGCUGGCGAGGAAGACCAUCCAAGGGCUGGAGAGGAGCCUGCCGGGGGCCACAGGUCAAGACUCCUUCGGUUCAUUAGGACACCGUCCGAGCUCUAAGAAGAGACGUAAAUCCCGUACGGCUUUUACCAAUCACCAGAUCUACGAGCUAGAGAAACAUUUCCUCUACCAGAAAUACCUGUCUCCUGCCGACCGUGACCACAUUGCCCAACAGCUAGGACUCAGUAAUGCCCAAGUUAUUACCUGGUUCCAGAACCGAAGAGCCAAGCUCAAGAGAGACCUGGAGGAAAUAAAGGCCGAUGUGGAGUCAUUAAAGAAGCUACCGCCACAUGCACUGGAGAAGCUGGCGUCCAUGCCUGAUGGUGGGCUAGGGGAGGAGGACGAGGACACCAGACCAUUGUCCAUCAAUGGACCACACAGUUGA